AUGUUCCUGUUGCUGUUCCAGGGAGCCCGCAUUCCCCAGACGAUUUUUGGGAGUCAGGAAUAUGUCGUUCCGGGUAAGAUGGAAGAUGAUGAGAUAAAGGCUCAACGUCUUCGCAUUCUUGACACAUAUGAGCAUCCGCAACGUGCCCUGGUCGGCACAAUUGAGGCCACGAUCAAAUCAGUGGCGGAAGCCGAAGAGGAGCUCGAACGAGAGCCGGACAUCGAACUGCCACG